AGCUGUUCUUCUCUCUUCCACUUCCCUUUCCCGCAAGUAUAUAUUCUGCCAUUACAAGUUCUCUUUGAAGCUACUCUCAUCCUCUCCGCGUCGCUAGCAGCGGAAGCAGGAAAGCUUAGGAUUCAUUGAUCUGGUCCGUACCUCACUCAAGUUGAUUGAGAAAGAGAGUAUUAUCAACUGCAAUGAGGGCGGAGGCGCGGCUGGAUUCGGCGGUGUUUCAACUCACGCCGACUCGGACUAGGUGUGAUUUGGUAAUAAUUGCUAAUGGGAAGACGGAGAAGGUUGCAUCCGGUUUAUUGAAUCCUUUUGUUUCCCAUCUGAAGACCGCUCAGGAUCAAAUUGCAAAAGGUGGCUAUUCUAUCAAACUUGAACCAGAUCCAGAAAGUGAAGCGCCAUGGUUUACAAAGGGCACAGUGGAGAGGUUUGUUCGCUUUGUGAGCACACCAGAGGUCUUGGAAAGAGUUCAUACCAUAGAAUCUGAGAUUUUGCAGAUCGAGAAGUCAAUCUCAAGUCAGGAAAAUGAUAAUCUUGGCCUGAAAACUGUGGAAGACCCGCUAACAUCAUCAAGUAACAGCGAAGGUAACAUACAGAUGCAUGGUGCCGAUAAUGAAAAAGCGAUAGUCCCUUACAAGACCGGAAAUCUUUCAAAACCAUCAGUGUCGAAUGAAUCCAAAUUGCAUGAGGAGAGCUCGAAAGUUCAACUUGUAAGAGUUCUUGAGAACCGCAAAAAAGUUUUACAGAAGGAACAGGCAAUGGUCUUUGCAUGCACUGCGGCGGCCGGGUUUGAAAUGGAAAGCAUGGCUCAUUUACUGUCUUUUGCCGAGUCUUUUGGUGCUUCCCGAUUGAGGGAGGCGUGCUCUCAGUACAUGCAGUUAUGGGUGGAAAAACAUGAGAGUGGACUAUGGAUUGAAAUUGAAGGGGCAGAAACAUUAUCCUAUAGAUCCGAGUUUCCUCCAAUGAAUGCAUCUGGAAUUAUUUUCUCUGAAGAUGCCGUGAAGCAAAAAAAGUCCAUUGAAGCAUGGCCUGCAUCUGCUGGAGAUGUGGGCAUGGAGAAAAACAAUGGCAAUGCUACAAGCCUGGAAAAUGACAGAGAUGAAAGUCUCUCUUCAGAACGUCCGGCGCCCCAUGGACAGCCUGUGUAUCAAGGGCAGUUUCCAUACCCACCAUUUCCACAGUGGCCUCCACAUUCUCAGGCAAAUCCAUAUUUGUCUCAGCCAUAUCCGAUGCAAGCUAUGCCCUACUAUCAGAAUUAUCCAGCGGAAGCUCAGUUCCUCCAUCCUCCAUACUCUCCCAUGGAAGAUUCUAAGUUGAACACUCAUCAAAGUAAGGGAAAGAAGCAAUAUUCCAUGCAUAGCAAAGAUAGUAGUUCCCAUUCUGAAGACGGCACAGAUCAGAAUACAUCAGAGUUUGAUGAAGAGCCUUUGGGAGUUCGCAAAUCACAUCGAAAAUCUGGUCAUUCUGGAAAGAAAAAUGGUCUUGUGGUAAUUCGGAACCUAAAUUAUAUUGCAAAAAGGCAACAAUCAACAUCAGAAAACAAAUCAGAAUUUUCUUCUGACUCAGAAAUUGACUACAUUAGAGGUAUGCUUUCUGGAUCUGUGAAGAGAGAAGAUAAUAACCAAGAGAGUACUAAGAUUUCAAAUAUGCAUGGCAAUGAGGAAGAGCUUUAUAAACAAGAAGAAGAUGCUGGAAACUGGCAAGCAUUCCAGAGUUUCUUAAUGGAGGCUGAGGAAAAAAUGAGCAGCGCUGUUGAUGGAAACAUAUUUGCUGGUGAGAAGGAACAUUCUGUAAAAGAGUUGCAGAAUAAAGAUGGACCUGAUCCCAUCCUUCUUUCUACAAGAGAUUCUGUUAAUUAUCAGGAAGAAAGUACCAUGGAAUAUGAUGCAUUUUGUGGUGAGGGAAGCAGAACUAAGCUGACAGUUUCUACUGAUGAAUUUUUAGUAGCAGCUGAAGGUCAAGUUCGCUUGAACAGUCUGGCAGAUGCUCAGUUCAAAGAAAUGGAUGAGGGAGUUAGCGAAUACCGAAAAGUUAGUAGUGAUGAUUUUAUCAUGCGUGGAUUGGAGAAGCUGGUGCCCAACAAGAUUUUCUCAGAUCCUUUAGCAGACUUUGAAAAUGAAAGUGGAACAAAAUUAGAGAAGAGUUUCUCACCAAUUAUUGCUGAUGAGUCUUUUGUGAUUCCUUUUAGGUUUGGAACCCUAGAUCAGCGUGGUGUGGAUACAAGAAUUGCUAUUGAUAUGGCUGCUGAGUUCCAAUCUGCUCCUUCAAAAGAAGAAGAGUCUUCAAGCAAGGCUACGACUAGGGUAAACUGUGAGCCAGAUGAUUUAACCUUGAUUCUUGAACAUAGAAGAGAGAGUGAUUCAGUUGGCUAUAAUCAAAUUGUAGAUUUUGACAUUCAAGUUCCACUUUUUGUCAAACAAGAAAUCAAGAAGGAAGAAGAUUAUGUCUCAGAAAGCAUCAAUGACAGUAAAAUUGAUGUAGUAAAGCUCAAGUCUCCUCAGAGUGAACUGGAGAAGAAAAGAAAGGACACGAUUUUGAGGAGGGCGACAUCAACAAGGUCUACCCCGCAGAGCGAAGCGCAAAAGAGAGCAGAGAAGCUAAGAAGCUACAAAUCUGAUCUACAAAAGCUGAAGAAAGAACAUGAAGAGCAAGAGAUAAGAAGAUUGGAAGCUUUAAAAAGAGAACGACAGGAAAGGAUAGCUUCAAGAAAUGGGUCAAAAGCUGUUCAAUCAUCAUCGAACCAGCAACAAUUCAACACUGAAAAAACCUCCAAAUUCAAAAUCUCAGAAAAUGGAUCAAAUUUACCUCUGCAUAAGUUACCUACGCCCAAUGUUGCUAAUAGAGAUGUUAAAACCAAAACCACUAGAUCAAAUAGAUCAAUGUCUGAGUUGAAAGAGAGUGCUAAACAAGAGAGGAAUUCAGUUUCUGCAAGAAUUAGAAGACUUUCAGAACCCAAUGGUAGAGGAGUUCAUAAUGUUCCAGAGAAAUCAGCAAACACUAAUACAGCAAUAAAGAUGGCAUUAGCUGAGACAAAAAAGAUAACAGCAGACAGAACAUCAACAGACGUACCACAAAAUGCUACCAUAGGUACUGGUUUUGCUGCUAGCCAUGCUUCUUUUUCACCCAUUGGUACAGUAGACAGGGAAAAUCAAGCUGAAGCCAACCAGACUGAUCCAAUCAAUUCUUUUGAGAAUGUCACGGAUUUAAGAUCUUCACACCAAAUAUAUGAAACUGAGGAGAAGCCACAGAAUCAAAUGGGGCUCAGAAAGUUAUGGAAAUUCGGGAGAAAUGGCCACAACUCUCAUGUAGAAGAUGGUAACCUGCAUUCAUAUGAAUCAGUCGCUGAUGAUGCCACCGCAGCGACUCCUAAUGACAUUUCCCGUCCAUUCUCCACUCUCUCACCCUUCCAUGGCAGAAGCAAUGAAAAGAAGAUUGUAGCUUCAGCAUGAGAUUGGUAGCCAUGAGCAGAUUUGGCUGUUUUUCUGCAACUUAAUGUUGGUUGUGAAUUCAUGUAAUUUGUCUAUUUGUUUAAAUCCAUUUGUCUAUUUGCUUAAAUUCAUUUGUUCAUAAAAAAAACAUAGCCUAUGUUCGAUUCUUGUCAUCUGCAUUUGGGUGAGACAAAUAAAGAAUUU